CUGACUGAAAGGUUGCAUUUUGUUUUGGAGACGUCAUCACUGUCAACUCUGAAGGGAUGUUUUUCCCAAAAAACUAACCGCUUUUUCUCAGUAUUUCUCACAAUUUCUACCCAUAAAUCUCAGUUGAAGUGAAAAUUUAGUUCAUUGUUGUUCUAUUUGCAAUAAAAAUAGUAAAAAAUGUGCAUUUUUGAGAAAAUGGCAGCUCCGUGAAAAAAGCCAGUGACGUGGAGAUUUGUUAGGUUAGGUGACGAAGAUAAACUUUUGGAGGGUGAUUUAGAAAUUAGUUUUUAGAGGAUUUCCAGCAGCCGGACAACAUGUUUGAGAUCACAGAUACACAGAAAAUUGGGGUUGGUUUAGCUGGUUUUGGGAUAUCUUUCCUCUUCCUUGGCAUCCUCCUGCUCUUCGACAAAGGACUUCUGGCCAUUGGGAAUAUACUUUUCCUCUGCGGACUUGCCUGCGUUAUUGGCCUGGAGAGGACCUUCAGAUUCUUCUUCCAGAAGCACAAAGUAAAAGCCUCCAUCGCCUUUUUUGGUGGUAUUGUCAUUGUCCUCGUGGGCUAUCCACUCAUAGGAAUGAUCCUGGAGAUCUAUGGCUUUGUCCUUCUCUUCAGUGGCUUCUUCCCCGUCGCCAUAAAUUUCCUGAGAAGGGUUCCAGUUUUGGGAUCCUUCCUCAAUAUGCCGGGUGUGAGUCGAGUAGUGGAUAAAUUGGCUGGAGACUCCAAUCGGACGACGGAUUUUGCCGAAUAGAGAAAUGGAAGGCAGAAGAUACAGUCUCAUGGGAUAAAUAGUGACCCACCUGUUAUUUUUUCCGUAUUUUUUUUUUGAUAAUCUUAUGUUUAAACAUUGUGCUUGGAUUCUUUUACAACGAUAAUUAAUAAAUUUCAAUUAAAAUUUA